AUGUCGUUUGAUCUUGUUUGUUUGGGUAACCCAUUGCUGGAUCUCCAGGUUAACGUGGAGAAGUCGUACCUUGAUAAGUACGACCUGAAGGAGGACGAUGCUAUUCUCAUCGAGGACAAGCAUCUGCCUAUUUUCGACGAGGUUCUCGCCCGUCCAGACGUUCGUCUCAUUGCCGGCGGUGCUGCUCAGAACACAGCCAGAGGAGCACAGUACUUGCUGCCAGCAAACUCGGUUUUGUACUUUGGUUCCGUUGGAAAGGACAAGUACGCUGAAAGACUGUUGGAGGCCAACAAAUCGGUCGGUCUCACCACGGCCUACAUGGUGCAGGACUCAAUCGCCACCGGUAAGUGCGCUGCCUUGAUCAACGGCCCUCACAGAUCCCUGGUCACCGACUUGGCUGCCGCCAACCACUUCAAACCUUCCCACUUGGAAAAACCUGAAAACUGGGAGCAUGUGAAAAACGCAAAGUUUUUCUACAUCGGAGGCUUCCACUUGACUGUUUCCCCAGAGGCCAUCGAGUUGCUCGGUAAACACGCUGCUGAAGAAGACAAGCCUUUGUUGCUCAACUUCUCUGCUCCGUUCAUUCCUCAGUUCUUCAAAGAGCCAUUGCUCAAGGUCCUUCCUUACGUUGAUUACGUCAUCUGUAACGAAUCCGAAGCUGCAGCCUACGCUGAAGCCAACGGACUGGACUCCAAGGACUUGGUUGCAGUCGCCAAGCAGAUUGCUGAUUCCGCCAAGGCAAACACCAAGAGAGCAAGAACCGUUGUUUUCACCCAAGGUACCGACCCUACUUUGGUCGUUGAGCAGAACAAUGGUACUUAUGCCGUCAAGGAGUAUCCUGUCCACCCCCUGGAGGCUUCGAAAGUCACCGACACUAACGGGGCUGGAGAUGCAUUUGCUGCAGGUUUUGUUGCAGGAUUGGUCCAGAACAAAGAUUUGGCUACCAGUGUGGACAUUGGACACUGGCUUGCCCGUCUUUCUAUCCAAGAGAUCGGACCAUCUUAUCCGUUCCCUAAGCAAUCUUACCAUUUCGUUCCUCCUCCACAGCAGCUCCCAUCAGACGCUUCGUCUGUGAGCUUCCAAACACAGCCAAACAAGUAUCAGCCCAUCACAAACGUCUCUUUAUAUCAGAUACAACAACCGGUCUUCAACGGGUAUCCUUAUCAGUAUGAGAACCCAGACUUUGGCUUCCCAGAAUUCUCAGAUUAUUCGCGUGGCUACCAGUCUUUAUACUUGAGAUCUCCCAGCUUUAGCCUUCCUUCGAAACUCCCAAAAUCGGAAGAGUUUAUUCCACAGGUUCCAUCGCGCCUGACGUCCAUGGGGGCGUCUCAACUGUACAUUCCGCCGUUCGAAGAGACUUUGGGAGCGAAACCAAUCAAGAAACAAGACACGCCAGCGUUUGUUUGUCGAACCUGUGGAAAAGUGUUCCCCAAACCGUAUAAUCUCAAGUCGCAUCAAAAAACCCAUUCCGACGAAAAACCGUUUCCAUGUCAAUACUGUUCGAAACCUUUUGCACGCUCCCACGAUAGACGCCGCCACGAACGGCUGCACGAGAACGACAAGAAGCUCAAAUGUGGAGGCCUUUUGAGCGACGGGAAAACAGCCUGGGGCUGCAACCGUAAGUUUGCUAGGCCAGAUGCUCUUCGCAGACACUUCCGUACGGAAACCGGAAUCAUGUGUAUCCGGCCGCUCAUGGUCGAUUUCCGCAGCUCGAAGCAAACUCGUCGUGCUCAGGACUCCACGCGAAUGGAAACAGAGUACGUGAUCAACGAGAUCGCAAGGGAAGCCGCCACAGAAGUGUUGCGCAAUAAAAAUUCUGUAAUUUUUAUCCGAUUUUUCUUCAUGGAAGAACAAACGUGUCGCAUCUGUCGCUGUGAGGGGACCGAUGAGGACCCGCUUUUCCAUCCGUGCAAAUGUCGGGGCUCCAUCAAGUACAUCCAUCAGGACUGCCUGAUGUCCUGGCUCCAGCAUUCGCGGAAGACCACCUGUGAUAUUUGCCAUACAAAAUACGCCUUCAGAACUGUGUAUGAUUCCAACGCCCCGGAAAGACCGCCUAUCUGGCUGAUUUUGCAGACUAUCCAGACGGAGCUCAAGACCGUGCUGUACCACGCCCAGAUCGCGGUCAUAGGCCUGGUGAUGGUGGUACUGCAAAUACCGGUGUUUGCGUCCAUCACUGCUCGCAUAUAUACCUGGUUGCUGGGGUGUCCUGUUCCGCACGAAAACGUUUUCCUGGCCGCACUGUACGGGGCAGAGGCUCCUGAUCCGAACGGCUGGCUCACGUUCAAGAACCUCGAGACGUUGGAAUUCGCCUCGCAUUUGAAAGGCAUCAAGAUUUUGUUAUUGGGGGUGAUUUUGAUAGCCGCCUCUGUGGCCGUCCACGAAUGGGUUUCCAAAGACGAGGGGUUCACCAAAAUCAUAGAGCACAACAUUGGUCCUGAGUUCACCGCACAGAAACUGCUCCAGAUGUUGCAGCAACCAAGAAACCAGCUGCCAAGACGGCCAGAGCUUCGCGUGCCUCGUCGCGUUGAUCCCCUCCAGGAAGACGAAGAAGACGACGACGAGCUGGACGCUGCGCAGAGGGCCCGGAUCGAUCUCGACAGGGCAUUGGUCGAGAGACAACAGCAGGAGCUCCAAUUGCGUCGGAUCAGACAACUUCAGGACGAACAGCGGGGACGACAGGGCGGCGGCGGCGGCGGCGAGAACGUGUUGUUGGAGUUUGUGCUGACGCCGAUGUUUUUGAUCAAAGUGGCCGGUUUUUUCGAUCUCAUGGUCCUUUCUGUUUUAGGAGUGUUCUACUUCGUUCCGUCAUUACUUGGCAUGAUCGCAAUCACAGCCUUGCAUUCAACUAUCGUUCUCCUGCACCAUCUGUCCAUCUACCUGUACCAUCUGUCUGGACUCAAGAUUCCUCUCCAUUACACACUCCCGUCGCUGGAUCUGUCUGUUUUCCACGGCAUCUUCUCGAUCUACUCGAAUAUCGUCAACUGGACUCCGCAGGCAGAUUUUGCCGAACGGACAAUUGUCGCAGCUGCAGGCUAUGCGGCCGUCGGACUGGCAAUUGCAGCCGUCAUGUACAGACUGGAGUCUGGUUGUUCCCCGGUGAACCCGCUUUCUCGUGGAUAUCGGGCCGUUUAUAUUCUGUUGCUGGAGGUGGUUUGCACCAUCAAAGUGAUGGUGAUCUUCUGCAUCGAGCUGCUGGUGCUGCCAGUCAUGUGCGGAUACCUGCUUUCUGUCAUGCUUUGUCCCUUGUUUUUGAAGCAAGACUUCGCGGACUCGCUCCUUAACAACUACUCGUUCCCAAUGAUUCUUGGGCAUGCCGCCUUUGGAACAGGGUUCUUGUACAUGUUUGCGUCGUUCGUGAGCAUGAUUCGGUCCCAGGUGCUACGGAAAGGUGUUCUCUUCUUCAUCAGGUCACCAGACGAUCCAAAUGUCCGCCCCAUCCAUGAUGCUCUUAUGAGACCGUUUGGACUCCAGAUGUCCCGCAUAGCUCUCUCGGCAUUGGUCUACUGCAUCUACAUUGCCAUCGAGAUCGGCCUCGUGGUGUACGGUGGCUUGUACCUGUUCCCGCUGGACAUUUUCCCGCUCGCCUCAGAGUACACAUCCCUGCUACCAUUUAUCGUGCCGCUGCUACGCAUGCUGCUCGUUCACCCUACCAUUGUGCGCAUGUUCAGCAGCUACUGGCAUACAGCCUUCAAGUACUCGUGCUCUCUGCUCAGACUGUCCUCAUUCAUUUUGGGAUCCGACGUCCCGUCAGAAAGAGGUUCGAUUGUCUAUAGAUCAGUCUUGCACAGAUUCACGACCCAGAAACCAGACUAUUCCCAACCUGUGCCGCGUUCGGAGACUCGCGGCUUCUUUGAGCAACACCCAGAGAUCAGCUGCUGCUUCGUUCCAGAUGGGACUUUUGUGAGAGCACCAGACGACGACAACGUCUCGCACUCGUUCAUCAAAAAACUGUUUGUUCCUGUCACCAAGAACGACAUCCCAUUGGUUCCCGUCAAAGACGAUGACGACUCAGAGGCCAAACGCAACCCGUACGGAGACGAAGAGCUGGUUUCCAUUACCUCAUACACCAUCGUGUACCGUCCUCCGCGCUUCACGCUCCGGGUGUAUGCGUUUCUUGGCUGUCUGUGGCUAUUCUCGCUCGCUCUGACUGCAUUUGUGUUUUCAGGAACGCUCAUGUUUGCCAAACUCGUUUUCUACGUCACCUCGAACUACCGUCUGUUCCACGUCAUUCUCCCGCGGUCUUCGAGGCUGGACGUGACCGAGCUGUUCCUGGGCCACGCCGUGUUCCACCUGGUAAUCCGUGGACUCGACAUUGCCUGGAAACACCACUCGGCGGACCAACAGAGCAUCGUGGCCAGCACGGUGGCAGCUGCCAAAUGGGCGAAGGACUUCUGCAUGGCCAAUGUGUUCCCGUUCCUGCUGACUGCGGUCACUAUAUCUAUAGCGAUUCUUUCCUGGUUCAGCGUUACGGUGCUGCCAAUCCUGGCAUCCGUGGCCAUCUUCGAGAACCUCAAAAAGUUUGAUAUCGAGGUCCCAUACCGGCUGCGUCUCCACAACCUCAUCACUGCGUACAGCUUCUUGCUGGGAGUGUCUACGAUCGUUUACUCGUACCUCACCUACAACGGGAAUUUCCGCAGCGCUUGGAAAACAUACCUGAUCAGAAAUCCAGGCUAUGUCACGCUCUUUGUUGUUCAGGCUGUCUUGGUGGGGCUUAUAUCUGUUGCCAGUAACGACCCGGUCUCAUUGAUUGAGACGUGGAAUCUGCUGGUGGAAGCACACCGGGACGAAAGCAAGUCGCUGAAGGGCCUGCACACCGCGCUAUCCAUCUUUUUUACAUGGCUCCCAUGGAGUCUGACCAUCUCCUACACCAUUUCUCGAGCCGUUUGGAGAUGGCUCAUCACUGCUGUGAAAAACCAGCAUUACGGCAAAAAGGUCUAUCUGACCAACAACGAGGACGAAGACGGAAACUAA